AUGGCUUCUACUUCAUCUUCAUCUGCCCCAACAACCUCUUCUUACGAGUACGAUGUCUUCCUCAGUUUCAGAGGUGAAGACACUCGUCAUUCUUUUACGGACCAUCUUUGUAAGGCCUUACAUCAAGCCGGGAUCAGGACUUUCAGGGACGAUGAUGAAAUCCGUGAAGGUCAAGAACUGAAGCCAGAAAUCGAGAGAUCCAUAGUAGAAUCCAGGGCUUCAGUGAUUGUAUUUUCAGAGAACUUUGCAAAUUCAAGCUGGUGCCUGGAUGAGCUCUGGUUGAUCCUGGAGCAAAGGAGGAAUGGCGCUCAUUUGGUUUUACCAGUGUUUUAUAAAGUGGACCCUUCAGAUGUGAGGAACCAGCGAGGAAGUUACGGUAUACAAGAAGCAAAAGAUGGAGUGGAAGGUACAAAAUGGACACAUGGUAAUGUGAGACGGUGGAAGGCAGCCCUAAAAGAGGUCGCUGAUUUGAAGGGGAAGGUUCUUUCAGGGUAUGCUUCAAUAUCUUUACACAAAAACAGCUGUGACUUUUUCUUCGUAUUCAUGUAUUUCAAUUAUUUGGUGUAA